AGAGCCGCCACAGCCGCAGGCGGGACUUGCACGGAAUUGGACCUGCGCGGAACAGCGAAAGCGGGGAGAGGCUCUCUGGGGAUGUGCGGCGGAACGGCGGCUGGAUCGACUGACUGAGUGCCCGAUUGCCGCCGCCGCCGCCUUCUUCGGCAGGAUCGUGAUUUCCCUUCCGGAGCUGCUCUUCGACCGCUCGUCAGCUUGCCCUGCAGGAGCGCCUUUUGCUUCCCUGCUCUCUGGAGGUGAACCCAUUCUCAGCAGCUUCGCGCCCCAGCGGCUUAAACCGCCCUCCUUCUCUCCUGGGUCCUUUUCGUCCGCAAUUUAGCUUCGCUUCGCUUUUUCGUUUCGCUUCCUCCCUCCAUAACCCGAAGCUCCUCCUCUUCUGCCCCAUAUACUGUUACUCCCAUUUUUUUCUCUAGCCAGGUAGGUUUAUGUCCUUCACAGCGUGCCUUAUGCAAUCACACCUGUCCUAGCUCCUUCCCUGCACCCACUGGUUCUGUGCCUGUGUGUCAGCGGCCGAAGCGGCUCCCCUGUUUCCUAAGCAGCUCCUCACUUUAGGGAACUCUGCUGAAAACAGAAAAUUGCCCUGAAGUGCUUCCAGAUCUCUUUCCCUGCUUUGGUAUUUCUUCCAUCCUGGAUUUCAGAUUUACCUGGUUGAGUUGCCCUCUGACAGAAGAGCUAGCAUGUCCCUGUUCCAUCGCCUGAUUUGUUACCUGCAAGAUGCAGAGAAAGUUGCCCACUUCCAAAAACUCUGCGGCAUUGAAGCACUACCAGACUGGAGGUCUGUCUCUUCUGCUCAGUUGGUGGACACGGAACACGUCUUGGCCAAUGGGAACUGCACCACUGCCAAGACAGAGGACGAAAGUCACAGGCAAUGCCGAUUCCCAGGUUCCUUUAACAUGGAGGAGAAAAGUACCAAGAGCUACUCCAAUGGCAUGAAGAGUGGAGUAGUUUCUGAAGAAGCCUGUGGGGUGGAAUCCCAGCAGGCCUCCCCAGAAAAGCAGCAGCAGCAGAGGUGGGUCUCAAAAAGGAGUCCUCGCCGCAACUCUCUGACCGGGGAAUCCAUAUCCCAGAAGUUCAGAAUCCGUAACCUUUUCCUUUAUUACGUCUUCAGCUUUGGUACAGAACUGGGCAAUGAACUUUUCUAUAUCAUGUUUUUCCCCUUCUUCUUCUGGAAUGUGGAUGCUUGGCUGAGCAGGAGACUUGUUAUCAUUUGGGUCUGGAUCAUGUACGUGGGCCAGUGUACCAAGGAUGUUAUUCGUUGGCCAAGGCCUGCUUCUCCGCCAGUAGUGAAGCUGGAGGUUUUCUACAAUUCUGAAUACAGCAUGCCCUCAACGCAUGCCAUGGCAGGCACGGCCAUCCCUGUAUCACUACUCUUGCUUAGUUAUGGACGGUGGCAGUAUCCUUUCAUAUACGGGCUGAUUUUUGCAUUCUGCUGGUGUUCUCUGGUUUGCUUUAGCCGAAUAUACAUGGGGAUGCAUUCAGUUCUGGAUGUUAUUGCUGGAUUUUUUUAUGCUAUUCUCAUCUUGGCAGUCUUCCUUCCAGCUGUGGAUCUGGUUGAUAAUUUCAACUUAACUUUCAGAUAUGCACCACUAAUCAUUGUGAGUCUUCACCUUGCCUUGGGGGUGUUUUCCUUCACUCUAGACACCUGGAGCACAUCCCGAGGAGAUACGGCUCAAAUCCUGGGCUGCGGUGCCGGAAUUGCCUGUGCCUCCCAUGCUAGCUACAUGCUGAAUCUAAUGCCAGAUCCCUCGCAAGAAAUGCUUCCAUUUGUUCCCUCCCUCACCAUAAAACUCUUUGGAAAGUCUGCACUGCGAUUAUUGAUUGGAUUAGUAUUUCUUUUGCUAGUCAGAAUGAUCAUGAAGAAGGUGACCAUCCCGCUGGCCUGUAAAGUCUUCGGUGUUCCUUGUGCAGAUAUUCGAGAAGCCCGACAGCACAUGGAGGUUGAACUGCCCUAUCGCUAUGUUACUUAUGGAACGAUAGGAUUCUCAGUGGGUUUCUUGGUUCCUUCCUUAUUUUGCAUAAUGGGACUAUCCUGAUGUGUUUUCUUCAUCUGGAAAGAGGGAUGGACAGUUGACCAAUGGGAGAGAUGGUAUACCAUUUGAGGAGUGCUAUGGUAUUGCCUCUGCUAAAAUAAUAUGUGGCAGGCAGUGAGCUCAAAUCUUGGCUACUGGUUAAAAACCUUGUAGAUUCAGGUCCUUGAGAAAUGCCAUGUCUAUUCUUACCAUUGUAACAACAUUAUAAACAUCAUGUGGGUUUAGGUGUAUGCAUAAAUACAGUUGCUGCACCAUUUUCUCUUUAUGUUAAAACUAUUAUGUUUACAGCUGAUCCAGAAGCUCUGUCUAUGGUCAAUUAAAGCCGUGUCAUAUCCCUGGACUGCAGAUGGCUAGAUGUAAUGAAAAAGCUUUUUUCCAUUUACAUAUACAGUCCCAUUCUUUUACAUGGGAAAAUGAUUAGUAAAAAUAAACAUUUUCCGUUCUGUAACGUAAAACUUAAAUUGGGGUUUGCCCACUUUAAUCCAGAUUCUAAUACUGUUUUAAUGGAUAUUUUUAAGUGCAAUAUAAGUUGUUGGAAGAAUUUUUUUUGCUGAUUCUCUUUAUUUUUUAAUUAGGCAUUCAUUAUAUCCAAAAUUAAUACAAUGUUAAAUUACUUUUUUUUUCCAACAUAAAUUUUCUUGAGUUCAAAUGAAGUCAUAUUCUUAACAAUGGUGGCUUUAAUAAGAAACAUAUAAUGGACUUGUAUUUUGCACUGUAUUUCUCAUGCUAUUAGACUGAUUAGCAAAAAGGGUUCUCUGUUGUCCAUUUUGUUUGGAAACUCACAUAAUAAUCAAAUGUAUUAUUAUGGUAGCAAUUACAUCUAAGGCCAUGUAGCCUAUUUCUUACCAUGGACAUGCUGACUAGAAAAAAAACUAGUGAAGGAAAGGAAUUAUUUUUCUCAUCUGACAUGGUCUUUGUUGUCCUAGAGAUCUUUGGAGAUCAGCAGGUUAUGUAAAAGAAAGGUGUACAGGAGGAGGAAGACCAGAAACAAGAGCAUAUUCUCUUAUAUGUCUGAUUUUUAUGAUACCAGCAAAACUAAAACACUUUUCACAUGUAUCUAGAAUGUACAGUGAGUACAUGUGGGAAAUGGGUGAGUUCUGCUCCAGUUUAUGUGUUGUUUACAUAGUUCUUAAAAGGUUUCCCUUGACAUUAAGUCCAGUCGUGUCCAACUCUAGGGGGCGGUGCACAUCUCCGUUUCAAAGCCGAAGAGCCGGCGUUUGUCUGUAGACACUUCCUCUGUGGUCAUGUGGCUGGCAUGACUACACGGAAUGCCGUUACCUGCCCGCCGAAGUGGUACCUAUUAAUCUACUCACAUUUGCAUGUUUUCAAACUGCUAGGUUGGCAGGAGCUGGGACUAGCAACGGGAGCUCACCCCGUCAUGCGGAUUCGAACCGCCGACCUUCCGAUCGGCAAGCUCAGCGGUUUAACCCACAGCGCCACCGCAUCCCCUACAUAGUUCUUAUGCACAUGUAAACUGCAUUAAUGGACAUCUCUACUAGGGCUACACAGCAAUCCAGAUUCAGAGGGUAAAAGAUGAUUUGUUGCAUGUGGGACGUGCAUGGAGGACCCAAUGGAAACCCAUUAAAUCAAAUGCACCUUUUUCUGGGAUUACACAGCAUCUGCAAAAGGCAUUUGGGUGACCCCGGAAAUGACACAGUGUUUUGAAUUGUUCUGGACAGGCACUUCAAAUCCUGUUUUGCUUUUUGAAUCUAUAGUGCUGCACAGACCUCAUCCCUAUUCCCAGCUGUCCAAAAAGUGCCUACUUGUGUAUAGUGUACACAUGGAACAUACAGAUAUGCAAAUGGCCGUGUAUAGAUUAUUGGGUAAAGGCAAAAUUUGCUGUUGCUAUCAUAUUCUUACCCAGUGUUUCUCGACCUUGGUAACUUUAAGAUGUGUGGAUUUGAAUUCUGGGAAUUCAAGUCCACACAUCUUAAAGUUACCAAGGUCGAGAAACACUGUUCUUACCUAUAGAUGUUCACAGUACAUCCAGUUGUGUAAAUGAAGGGUGAUUGAGCCUUUGAAAAGGGUAGUAUUACUCAUUGCAGAAACCUGUUUUGUAUUCCUCUGGGAACCCUUCACAACCAUAAAUUUGCUUUUGGUUAUACUUUUGCAAUUCAUAAAGGACUCAGAAGAUUAAAUCAUUUUUCUAUUAAUUUAAUUUCAGUUGGGCCAUAGGAUUUGCAAAAUUGCUUUAUAUGUGGUAUGCAGUCUAAUGUAGGCAGUGUUUCCUUUUGCACAGAAUGCAACAGUCAGCUCUUGUUAGGUCUCAGCCAAAAGGCUGGAAAUGAAUCGGGAGCUUGUAUUUUAAUAAUACAUCAGAACUCUCAAAUACUGCAAACAUUCUCCAGAACAAUUAAACAAAUUGAAUGUGCAGGAAUUAAUGUCUGUGUGUUGGGAUGUGGAAGGGAUACACAUGUUGCUUUUAUCCCAGAGUCUGUAAUUUAUAAUAAAAAAGAGCCCAGGAGCACAAGGCGCUAUUAAAGUAUUGAACUACCCUCCCUGGAUGCUAGGCGCCAUGCACUCAGCGGUACGCAGAUAAAAAGGAAUUAUGAUUAUUCUCCAAUGUGUAGAAGUAUAUACAUCUAGUUGUAGUUACUUGGCUUUGUUUUCCUGCCAUAGUCUCAAAUAAGGCAUGGAUAUUUUGUCGUAUUUUUGAAAUGCUGCUAAGUUCAUUAGUUCUUUGGGAAAAGGAAAAUGUUCCAUUUUGCCUGGCCUCAUUCUUCUAUAGAGGAAACCGGAACACUGGAUCUUUUGUAUCACCAAAGCCCUUCUCUUUUUUUGCACUGUCUUUCCACAGUAUUUAUGUUCAGUUACAACAAAUAUCCGUUAUCUUCUUAUAUGUGCAUUUGGCAUUUGCACUCUGAUAAUGUGUUGUUACAAAUGUAGUCCAGAAUAUUGGCUUGGACACACAGAACUUAAACUAAUUUCAUGACACCAGGAGGAUGGAUUUUUUUUCCUCGAUCAUAAUUACUGCUACCAUCAUGGUAAGGCUCAGGAGCAUCUGGGGCGGGGAGGCAGGGGAAGGGAGCAGGGAAACAGGUGUUAAAAUCUGCAAGACUGUCAUGCCCACCAUCUCACAGCUUUUGACCAAAAUUGAGGUGAGAUCUAAAGGCAGUUUGAUAUUGAUCAGGGCUUACUAUUUAAAGCUUCCAAAACUAAAAGAAAAGGAUGCAUGAACCUAAGCAGGUCUCUGAAUUAUAAAAAAUACUCAGUACUGGUACAUUUUCUUCUACAAUUCUAUCCAGACACCGAGUUACUUCUGAUUAUGCACACAUUAGUUCCCCCAACUAGUAUAGAUUUUAUGUUAUAGUAUAGUUUCAGAAGAAAAAGAGUUUCAGAAGAAAUUGGGUAAUUAUUAUUUUUUUUGCAUAAAAUUGACAGUUCUCAUCAGCCACUGGAAAACAGAAGUUCUUUUUUCACAUUCCUAAAAAUGCAAUUAAUCUUAAAGCACAAAAAUUCAAUUUUUUAAAUUACAUUCUCAUUUAUUGUCAUGCUUUUUAAAAACAAAAAAUGUUAAGAAAAAUUUGUAGAUUUGAAUGACUGUUGUAAGUAACUUGCAAUUUUGGGUGGGAUUUAUUUUUUGGAUUGCUUAGCACUAUUAUAACUAAUACAGAAAGAAACAUUUUUGCUGAAAGAGUUUAUUUCAUUGGGUAUAUAUUUUAAUGAACAUAUCAUUGUCUCCAAAGUUUUAAAAACAUGCACUGUAGCUUAUUCUAUUAUCAUGGUAUAGUAUUUUUUUAUGCUAUCUUUAGGUGAAAUUAAAUACCACAUUGAUAUUUUA